AUGAGGAGCCAAAUUGUCUGCUAUUCGACCCCUUCGAUCCCGAAAUCUCAUCCCACAGAAAAAACACAACACGCACUCUUCUUCUUCUUCCUCUUUGGUGGUUGUUGGCUGUGACGUUCCUUUCAGAGUCGGUCUAAUAAUAAGACAGGGCAAUUCAUUUUUUACAGAGUAAAUGGAAGAUUGAUUCACAAGGCAUCGAAAAUUCAAAAUCCUGUUGGUCAGAUCAAAUCAGAAGCUUGAGAAUAGAAAGAAAUACAAAUUAGAAAGAUUGGUUUGAUGAGAAAAAUAGCGAGGAAAAUAAUCGUAAUAUGAUCGGAGCAGUGCAGUUAGGGGUGUUGGCUGCUUGCGUGGUGGUUUUGGUUCCGAUGGGCAUGGCCGGUUAUCAUCUCAGCCGCAACAAAAUGCUAUUCUUCAGCGGCGCUCUCUUCAUCACUCUCGCCAUUGGCGUCCACCUCACCCCUUACUUCCCUUCCGUCAACGACUUCGUCACCACCGUCUCCUCCGUCGUCGUUUUCGAGAACCGCCGUGAGUCCUGCCUCUCCCACCUCCACGACGUCGUUUGGGAGGUCACCCCCUCCCCAAAUUUCAACCCCCUCGACAACAACACCGUCAAUUACGACAAGUCGUGGGCUUGGACUUCUUCCUCUACCGUUUCUGCAUGCGGGUUUCAGAAACUAGGGCGUUUUGACGCCUCUGAUCUGCUCAACGGAUCCUGGGUUGUGGUGGCUGGUGACUCUCAGGCCAGGCUUGUGGCGCUUUCGUUGUUGAGUCUGGUUUUGGAUUCUGGGCCUCUGGAGAAGGUUAAUAGAGAUCUGUUUAAGAGGCACAGUGAUUAUCAGAUUGUGGUGGGUGAGAUUGGGAUGCGAUUGGAUUUCAUCUGGGCUCCUUACACUUUCAAUUUGACCCAUCUGGUCAACGGUUUCAAGCGAAAUCGCAACUACCCAGAUGUGUUGGUGAUGGGUUCUGGGCUCUGGCACAUGCUUCACUUCACCAACGCAUCAGAUUUUGGUGUUCAGUUACAAUCACUAAGGAGUGCUUCUGUGUCUUUGUUGCCAUUUUCGCCAGAUACCGGCUCCGACAGGCCGGUAACCAGCUCCGACAGGCCGGUAACCAGCUCCGGCUCCGGCUCUGUUUCGGGCCGAUCGCCCCACUUGUUUUGGAUUGGCAUGCCCACGUUGAUAAACUCGAUGUUGAAUACAGAGGAGAAGAGAGAGAAGAUGACUGAUGCAAUGCGUGGUGAGUAUGAUAAGGAGCUUCACAAUAGUAAGAUUUUGCGCAAAGCCGGUGGUCCCCUGUUGUUGCUGGACAUUGAGUCCUUGAGUUGGAAUUGCGGAGUUCGAUGCACGGUUGAUGGGAUGCAUUAUGAUAUGCCUGUCUAUGAAGCUGCACUUCAUAUCAUGCUACAUGCAUUGCUCAUCGAAUCUCAUCAGAAGCUUUGAUUUGAUUCUUUUGUUCUCUGUUUUCUCUUGGUAUAAUGUUCUGCUCCGGCUCGGUGGUUCGAUUUCAUACAGUGAGCUUUUGAUUCUUGUGAGAGGUUGGUUGGUUUCUCUUCCACCUCCUCUUAUCUUGCAUCUACGGUUUCUGCCAGGCUAUACUCGGACAAUUCACAUCUAAUGUUGAAGUGAAACAAUUCAAAAAGAUCUACCUGGAUAGGAAAUACAUGUCCUUUUUU